ACGGAGGUAAACAUUAACCAGACCAGUGUGUUUACGUGUCAAGAGAAGUUUUUACUUGCAGAUCAACAUGGCGACGUCUACUUCAGUGUGGUCUAAAGGACAGAUGUUGUACAGGUAUUCUGUGAAUCUGCACCAGGCAACCAGGAGGUUUUCAGAGAACGGUGACAAAGGCUGGUUUCGUUCCCUAUUUGUGCACACAGUCGAUGCCAGGAAAGAUGCCCACUCCAACCUGCUGUCAAAGAAAGAGACCAGCAACCUGUAUAAAAUUCAAUUUCACAACGUCAAACCAGAGUGCCUGGAUGCUUACAACAGUCUAGAGGCAGAGGUGCAACACAGGCUCCAUCAGGACCAGGACUUCCCAUGUGAGGUGGUCGGGAGCUGGAACACCUGGUACGGAGAACAGGAUCAAGCUGUGCAUCUAUGGCGAUACAAAGGAGGAUACCCAGCCUUGACUGAAUGUUUGAAGAAGCUGAACAAUAACAAGGAGUAUUUAGAGUUUCGCAAAGAGAGAGCGAAAAUGUUGAUUUCAAGGCGGAACCAGCUUCUUCUGGAGUUUAGUUUUUGGAAUGAGCCCCUGCCCAGACAAGGACCAAACCUUUAUGAAAUGCGCACCUAUUACCUCAAGCCAGGAACCAUGAUUGAAUGGGGCAACCACUGGGCGAGGGCAAUCACAUACAGACAGGAGAACAGCGAGGCAGUGGGCGGGUUCUUCUCACAGAUCGGUGACCUGUAUGUCGUUCAUCACUUGUGGGCUUAUGAAAGCCUCCAGUCCCGGGAGGAGACGAGAAACUCUGCCUGGCUGAAGGAGGGAUGGGAUGUAAAUGUGUAUUAUACAGUGCCUUUGAUCAGAAGCAUGGAGUCUAGGAUAAUGAUCCCCACUAAGAGUUCACCAUUACAAUGAGAAGAUGAGUGACACCACACAACCAAAUGACCAAAAACUAGUUCAUCUACUGCCAGAGCAACAUGGAAUGAAUCUUGGUCUUACUGAUUGUAUUUCUUGUUGUCUGCUGGAUUAUCUGUGUAACUACCACGUAUGUGAACAACUACAUUUUCUGAUUUUAUAUUUUCACAACAUUGUCAGAAGUUUAGGUCAAAUAUGUGGAAAAAGGAAUGACAAACUAAACCGAUUAAAUACACUUUUUGACUGUUUAUGGAAAAUGCGAGUGCAAUGUAGGUUCUGAUUGUGUAGAGCUUUUUAGCAUGAAUUGUGAACGGAUCCUGCAUUUGUUUUUCACAAUGAAAGAAUAGUCUCUAGUAUUUUAUGCUUGCAUUUCUAUGAUUGUAUAUGAAUCGCAUUGAAUGAGAUCACACACAGCUUCAUAACUGUGACUGUGAAAUGCAUGGUUGAUCAAAUAAAACUUGUCAGACUACCUUAA